CAUGCUAGCAAAGAAGAGCACAAUGUGGAGAAGAAUUAAGCAUUUAAUUGGAGUAUAAGUACGCGGGUAAGAUGACGAUUAAGCUUGCAAGUUGCCUUCUACCAGCCUAUGUUUACUUCACAUACGAUAAAUGUCUUCACCCAGUGAAGUCGAAGAGGAUGACAUGGGAGAAGUGGAGUUCGUGUCUGAGGGGCCACUCAGGCCAGUGACGGAGUGUGUGGACCUGCUGAGUGAUAGCGGUGAAGAGGGAUGUUCUACAUCGACAGGAACAACAAUCGAUGAUGAAAUUGACCGCCAAAAAGCACACGUGGCAUCUACUUUGGAUAGACUGGUACAGCAGGUGGCCCUGGAGAAGCGGCAAAGAGCAGACAAAUGUAGAGCCUUCAAGGAAAAACAAAUACAACAAAGAAUCCAUGGACAGCAGGAGCUUAUGAUUAGGUCAACAAAUCCAAAGACUCAAGAGGCAAAGCGCUGUGUGGAUGCGUGGCUAAAGAUGCCUGGCCUCCAGUUUGGAGUGAACAAUUCUGGUUCAGGAAGACGCAGACGUCGACAGUCUGCUUUCCCACUGAACCCUUCAGUAAAACACACAUGUCCAGUUAUUAAUUGUGGUCGGGUUUUCGAGAAUGUGUUUCUCCUUGAUGGUCAUCUAAAAAGGUUUGACCACUCACCGUGUGAUCCCACCAUCAGUCUUAAAGGAAGUCCCACGAUGCUGUUUUCCUGUGUGGUCUGUUGUCGUCACUUUCAGACCAAAGAAGAGUGGAGGACACAUGUUCAAUCAAAGGCAUCCUCAUCUAAUUCUGGAGGUCACUGCACGUCCCAGAACUACCAGCUCAUUGUUUGCUUCGCUUGUCCUGCCUGCUACCUCCUCUUCAACCUGCGAGAUGAGUGUCUUCAGCACAUGUCAGCCAAAAACCACUUUACAGAGUCCCUCACUAUGAGCAGUACUGACAGUAAACAAGGAGCAGUACCUGUACCCAUGCCACAACACGCUAAAAAUCGCCUCAUCGCACUGUGCAAGGAUGCCCCGUUCACCGUCAAAUGCACUCUGUGUCAAAAAGUGUUGAGUUCGCAUCAGACAGCGCAAGCUCACUUUAAUGUGCACUGCAGACAGGGCUGUGCUGUGGCCAUGGCUGAUACAACCGUGGCGCAAGUAGCAAAACAGCUCCAAGUGCGAGGCCAGUGCUCUCUCUGCUGUUUAAUCUUCCUGAGCGAAGAGGAAGUGGAAAGGCACAGAGAAAACACCCAACAUCAUGUGGAGGUCAACAGGACCAUGGAGCGAGCUCUUCUUCAGUUCUGUAGGUUUUCUGAAAAUCAACACAGGGCUGACAAUGAGGAGAAAAGGCCAGUCUCGAGCAAACAGUUUCAAAAAAGAAACAAGAACGGCGGUGAGCGUGAUGAGUGUCCCACCAAACGACAAAAACUAAGAAGCUCUAUCACCAUGUGGUUUUGUGAGUGUGGUCAGAGGUUCUCAGAGGCUGGCUCCGCCAGUAAGCACAUCUUGGCUGUCAAUCAAAUUAACUUUCAGUGUGGCGUAUGUGGCAAACUCAUGGGAGAGUCUUCAAUCACCCGCCUACACAUGAGCCGCUUUCACGGAGGAGCGCACCUCUCCAACUUCUGUUUCUACUGCCGCAAGUGCAAACUGGAGAUGCCUCGCUUGGAAGAUAUCAUGUCACAUGUGUCGGACGUACACCAAGGGCAUACUUUCUUCACCGAAAAGGAAGUACCCGCGGAAGCGGAGGCCAAGCCGUCCAUCAAGGAUCCAUGCUCUUCCUCCACACUCACACCCGUCCCAGCGGAGGUGGCAUCCGUUUCCAAAGCGGCGCCGACUUGGAUGUGCAGGAUGUGCGAGGACGUCUUUGACUCGGAAGCAGCCGUCCACAAGCAUUGCAGUGAUGUGAGCAGCCACAGCUUCCAGAGAUUCGCCUGCGGCCACUGCCCGCAGAAGUUCUUCAAGGAGUCCACCGUGCGCCGGCAUUGCGCCAACGAGCACAACGGGCAGAUGAAGAGCGCACACUUCUGCGGCCUCUGCGAUAGCAUGUUGUUUGAGUCUGAAGGCGAGUUCCGGCAGCACUAUGAAAGCCUCCACAGCAGAGACUACUACUGCAUGGACGACGGCGACCGUGUUCAACCUGCUUCAGCUGCUGAAAGCGUCUCACCUGCGGACUCAUGUCCAUGCAUGGGCUCAGAGAAGACCAAAGAUGCAAUGAAAGCCACAUACACGCGCUGCAUGGUGAAGCUGGCCUCUCAAGGCCACUGUCAGUACAUGUGUGCGCCUUGUGCUGUAACUGCCCCCUCCUAUGCUCAGAUCAAGACUCACGUCCAAACCACACACGCGGCCUUGAACCUGGACAAAACCUUUGAAGUAGAAUGCAGAACUUGCGGGGAACACUUUGCAGAUGUUCCAAGUUUCCAUAAACACCAUCACUCUCAGCACUGUACGCUGGAACCAUGCAUGAGCUCCAGGACCAGUGGGGACAAGGUCGAAGGAAAACCCCAAGUACUGAAUGCUGUGGAGGUCAAAGAAGAACUGCAUGAGAUGAAAGAUGAGAUGCUGCAAAGGUUUUUAAAAAUGGAGCAGACUGAGAGAGAUGUCUGUCAAAGUGUGGAACAAAACCAGCAUGGCUCUGACUCAACAGAUGAUGAUGAGGUGAAACAAGCACUUGCUUUGAGCGUAGAGGAAGAUCAGCAAGAGUCGGCAGAAUUUGCCGAGGCUCUUAAAAGAAGUCUUCUGGAGUACUGAGGAGACAACUGUUGCACCUUCCGCAGAAGGUUUUUCAGUUACAUGACUAAAAUAUGUCAAAAGAUAUUCCACAGUGAUGUUGUCCUGUAAUACAGGACACGACAGGUCAGAGAUGAACAGUUAGUGUAUUUGCAGAGCUGCUGUUUGUGUCUUCGCUCUGUGGGGGGGGCGAAUGGAGACGUGCUAUUGAUGGCAUCGAUGACGCUGCAGGAUGCCACCGUGCUCGUAUGACCACACUUGUUUGUAACGCCACACUGCUAACUAGCCAGUUGCUUUCUCUUUCAUUUUUCAUUGCAACACUGAAAAGCCUUUGUUUUGUAUGCAACCUUAAGGAGUGAGUCCUGUUUAAAGCUAACUACUAUUAGCAAGGAUGUGUUUAUUUAGGAAUGGAAACAUGUUUAAUGCCUCAUCAGAACAGAAAUAAAAGAAACUAAUGAGA